AGGCAGUGCCCAGCUGUGAAGCUGCCACGCAGACUGAAGUAAAACCACCACUCUCUGCUGUCACCUUGUGGAAGAGUUUGAGAGAAAGACCUUUGAGGGGAAGACCCCGAUCUUUGAUAGACUACAAGUCUUACACAGACACAAAACAGCUCGUGGCAUGGAUCCUAGAGCAGUCCUCCUGCAGCAUGAGCCCUGACGUACACGAAUUGGUGGAAAAUAUCAAGUCUAUUUUAAAAUCAGAUGAGAAACAUAUGGCAGAAGCUAUCACCAGUGCCGCCUUCCUUGAGCAGGCACUGUCACCUGCCCAGAAAGCCAUGCCAUUGAAUGCCCACGUGUUACCUUCCGGACAGCAUCCUGGACUGCUUCACCUGGAAAGCUGUGGUGACCUGAGUACUUUCACCACAGAUAAAGAUGAACUGGCAAUGAGGAGGAUCCAGAAAGCAGAGCAUGAACAGCCUCACAGUGUUACUGGUGUUGUCAGGGAAACUGUACUUUGA